AUGGCUGGUAAGGGAUCACGAACAGAUCCCGCUUGGCAGUAUGGUGUAGAAAAGCAGGUGCCGGCAGAGGGUGCAAUGAAAGGGUAUAAAUAUCUAAUGUGCAAGUUUUGUGAGAAAAUUAUCACCAGAGGAGUACAUAGGUUGAAAGCCCAUCUUGCUGGUACGCACAAAAAUACAUCACCUUGUCCUCUAGUGCCUCCAGUAGUGAAAGAAGAGAUGAAGCAAUUCUUGAAAGACUUUGAAAGUUCAAAAUUCAGAUACCAACGGAAUUUUGAAGAGGCUAUUAAUGGUGGAGCAUACUUUGUAGGUAGUGGAGGUGUAAAUGGGAGUGUGGGUGCCAACGCACCAGAGCAUGGAAACUGCUGUCCAAGUGUCCAAAGGGGUGUUAGAGGGCCAAUGGAUCGAUUUGUGAAUACACCAGGAGACGAUGAAGAAGGACCAACUUCAGGUGGAAAAAUGACACCAACCACAGUUAGAGAGCAACGAAACAAGGUUUGCUUAGACAUCGGGAGAUUCUUUUAUGAGAAUGGGAUCCCGUUUAAUGUAGCAAAUAGUCCUUCAUUCGUUAGUAUGCUACGUUCCGUUGGUAACUAUGGUCGAGGAUUGAAACCUCCUACCAUGUACGAGUUGAGAAAUUGGAUCCUACAAGAAGAAGUCAAAACAACAAACGCAACUGUGGACGAGAUAAAAGCAACAUGGAAGACCACUAGAGUUUCAUUGUUAUCGGAUGGAUGGUCGGAUAUGAGAAAUAAAAGCUUGAUCAACUUCUUAGUGAACAAUCAACAUGGUACAGUUUUCUUAAAAACAGUUGAUGCAUCAGAUUGUAUCAAGAAUGCCCAAAAAUUAUUUGAGUUACUUGAUGGGGUAAUUGAAGAAAUCGGUGAAGAUGUUGUUAUUCAAGUGGUGACUGAUAAUGCGAGUGCUUACAAAGCCGCUGGAACAUUGUUGAUGGAGAAAAGAAAGAGUUUGUAUUGGACCCCAUGUGCUACUCAUUGCAUCGACCCGAUGCUUGAGAAAAUUGGGGACUUGACACAGCAAAAAAAUGCCUUGAUCAAAGCAAAAAAAGGUUAG